AUGGGUGGUCUCAAUCUCGAAGUGUUCAAGUUCGGCACGUAUGUCAUGUUUCCCAUUGGGAUCAUGUUCUACUUCGGAACCAACCUCGAUAACCGUUUCGCUGUCCCUGGUUUCUGGCCCAAGCCUGAGGAAUGCAACAAGAUCCCUAAGGACCGAGAUGAGAUCAAGGCCGAGUACGAGCGCAUUGUGGCACGACAAAAGCUGCGACAGGCCAAGAAGCUUGAGGAGGAGCGCCGACGAGCAGCACAGCAGCCUGAUAACAACAAUAACAACGAUUCUUAA